AUGACGACGCCGCGGGCGCCGCCGCCGGAUCCGCGGAAGGAGGCGUUGAGGAAGUACGCCGGGUUGUUGCUGCAGCACAAGGAAUUGGAUGCGAGAGUGCGAGCGUCGAGGUUCGAGUUGAUUGACAUUCGAAAGAGGUUUGACAAGACGGAGGACGAUUUGAAGGCGUUGCAGUCGAUGGGGCAGAUUAUCGGGGAGGUUUUGAGACAGUUGGACGAAGACAGAUUCAUCGUGAAGGCGAGCUCGGGGCCGAGAUACGUCGUUGGGUGCAGAACGAAGCUCGAUAAGAGCAAGCUAGUGAACGGGACGCGGGUGACGCUCGACAUGACGACGUUAACCAUCAUGCGCGCGCUGCCGCGAGAGGUGGAUCCGUUAGUGUUUAACAUGCUCAGCGAGUCCACGGGGCACGUGGACUAUAGCUCUAUCGGUGGGCUCGGGGAGCAGAUUCGAGCGCUUAGAGAGUCGAUCGAGUUGCCGUUGAUGAAUCCCGAACUUUUUGUGCGCGUGGGCAUCGCGCCGCCGAAGGGCGUAUUGCUCUACGGACCGCCAGGGACGGGGAAGACGCUCCUCGCCAAGGCGAUCGCGAGUAACAUCGACGCAAACUUUUUGAAGAUUGUUUCUAGCGCUAUAGUGGAUAAGUAUAUCGGCGAGUCCGCGAGAUUGAUCAGAGAGAUGUUCGGUUACGCUCGGGACCACGAGCCGUGCAUCAUCUUCAUGGACGAAAUCGACGCCAUCGGUGGCAAGCGCUUUUCCGAAGGCACGUCGGCCGAUCGCGAGAUUCAACGUACACUCAUGGAACUUUUGAAUCAGCUCGAUGGUUUCGACGUUCUUGGCAAGGUCAAGAUGAUCAUGGCGACGAACAGACCCGAUGUGUUGGACCCGGCGUUGAUGCGCCCUGGUCGUCUCGACAGAAAGAUUGAAAUCCCGCUUCCGAACGAGCAAGGUCGCGUGGAGGUUUUGAAAAUUCACGCGCAAAAGUUGAACAAAGAGGGUGAAAUCGAUUACGAGUCUAUCUCCAAGAUUGCCGAAGAAUUCAACGCCGCCGACAUGCGCAACGUGUGCACGGAGGCGGGAAUGUUCGCCAUUCGCGACGACCGCGAUUACUGCGUUCAGGACGAUUUCAUGAAAGCCGUCCGCAAGCUCGUGGAGGCGAAGAAAUUGGAACCCGCCGCGUCCUACGACAGCUCUUUCAAGAACGAGUGA